AUGGGCUUCAUAUCUACUCUGGCUCGCCGCAUGCGCAUUCGCCGCCUUUCCAAAAGACUCUCAACAAAAAGCAUCAAGCUCCAUGACGAAGACUCAAACGAUCUAAUCAAAACAACCUCGGAAACAGCCUCACUGACACGUAUAAGCCUGGAUUCAACCUCAACAAUGGUCCACCACUCGUUGCAGCCCGUCUUGCCUAGCGAGUCAUCGGAAAACCGUAUGCAGAUGAGACCAGAUAAUGGGAAUAUGCGGACCUUGUUCGAUGAGAAUACCACUUCCCACCCGCGAGAUCGCGCUGCCAGGUCACCGUCCAAAGCCCCGUGCCCGGUUUUGAAAUUGGAUUGUCGGUCGCCUGUCGAGGCGCCGAGGAGGGUGGUGCAGGGGCCUUUGGAGAUGGGGCAUGAGGUCAAGGGAGGAGCAUUGGGUUGUUCGUCUGCGACAACGACCGAGAAGGGCUUUUCACCUAGUGAGAAAUGUGAGCCCGAGAAGAAGGAUAGGAGGUCCAUGAGCGCUUUGCUGAAGAGACAUUGUGGGUUGAAUAUCCCGCGCUCGUCGAUUUCGAUUUCGACUUCGUCGCGCGGUGUGGUAUCGCCGAAAUGGUUGGAUUCUGCUGGGCUUACGGAGGAGGAGGGUUUGGUGGAGAAACGGAGUGAGAAGUGGGUGGAGGGUGGAGUGCAGGAUGAGAAGAGGAGGAAUAGUGUAUGGGGUAGUGUUGGGUUUGGGAAAUGGUAG